AUGCGCUCCCCCUUCCUAUCGGUGCUGGCAGCCACAUCAGCCCUUGCAGUACAAUCAAGCACAUUGUUCAAUUUCACCAGUGGAAUCGACAUCGAAAAUAGUGAGCUGCGUCCCAAUGGUCACAUCCUUCUCACCACUUUUGAGAAAGGCGGCCUCUACACCUUAAAUCCAUAUGCAAAAGAGCCGGAAGGAGAAUUGGUCGCUUCGCUCCCUGGUGCCACAGCUCUCUGUGGUAUUACAACAAUCGCACAUGACAAAUUCGCCAUCAUAGGCGGUGUCCGUGGCAGCUACCACUAUGACAACGAAACUAUAUACACAGUCGACUUCAGCCAGAAUUCCUCGAACCCCAUCAUUGAGAAAAACGCUCAUCUCCCCGAUGCCGUCAUGCUCAACGGCAUGGCUGCACUCCCCAAACAGCCUCACGUCGUUCUCAUUGGCGAUGCAGUCCUCGGCGUCCUUUUCCGUUUGAACACAGCAACUGGAGCGUACAAGGUCGCAUUCAACAACACCGCACUUGCCUCUCCGUCUAAUUCCCCAAUGCCCAUUGGCGUCAACGGAUUGAAGGUUGUUGGGAAUAGUGUGUAUUUUACAAACAGUGCCACUGGGGUCUUCGCUAAGGUGCCCAUCAGCGAGGAUGGGGAGAUAUUCGGCGAUGUGGAGGUUGUUGCUACUAUGGAUAUCAGCAUUGGAGAUUGGGAUGACUUUAUCGUCGACUCUAAUGGUGUUGCUUACAUUGCUCAACCUACCCUUGGGAUCGCGCGGGUUUUCCCGAAUGGUACACAUGGUAUUUAUGCGAAGGGCAUAGCUUCGGCCACUUCUGUUCAGAUUGCGGAGGGUGGAUAUGCAUACGCGACGCAGAGUGAUGGCUUGGUGAACAAAUUUCAGCUUCCGUUGAACACGAGAUUGGCGGAGGGCGAGUAUUGA